AAUCGUACAGAGGCAGUGAAAAAUCAGAGAGAGAGAGAGAGAGAGAGGUUGCCAAGCUGGUCACCUAACCGUUAAAAACGCGGACGGAACAUCUUUCACAUGCUCUUUAAAUGCUUGUCCCCUCCCUCUCCUCUUCCCCCCUCUCUCUCUAAAUUACAAUUCGUCAAAUACAAAGAAGAAUCCCCAACUCCUAAGAUCGUGGAACACCUUAACGCCAUAAUCCCCGGCGGUGCACGUUAGCCUCGAUCUCCUCUCUUAUUUCAACAGAAAAACUCUUUACAACAGAAAUUUUUUUUUGAAAUCAAAUGGAUGGUCUGUGUUUGAAGGCGGGGAUACACGGUGCGACACCGCAGAUCGGAUGCAUCGACGUCCGCACGAAUCCGUCUCACGUGACUGCGUCCUUGGGGAGGUCGACGGCGGCCGGAAAUGCGAUUACGGCCGAGAAAGCCGCCGUGCCGAGCCGGCCGUGGGGGUUUUCGUUCAAGUACCCGAUCAGACCUCUGUGGCCCGGUGGUGGAGGUAGCAAAAGGCACGAUGCCAUUGCCCUCGACGACGCCGUUCUGGUCAAGGAGAGAGAACAGGAAGAAAAGGGGGGUGAUUCUACAGGGGAAGGGCGAAGGGGGAAUAAUUGGGUGUUGAAAAUUCUUCACGUGAGGAGGGAAGCAGAAAAGGGGGGUGAGGUUGAAGAUGAUUUCAGGGAAAAAGAGGAGAGAGAUAGUGGUGGGGCUGAUGGUGAUGAUCAAAGAACCGAAGAAUGCUCUUGUUCUGAUCGUGAAGAAGGGUGUGAUCUGUGUGGAGUUGAUGAUGAUGAUGACGAAAGAAUUGAAUUCGACAGGGAAUCGUUUUCGAAGCUGCUGAAGAGGGUGUCGUUGGCCGAUGCGAGGCUGUAUGCUCGAAUGUCGUGUUUGGGCAACUUGGCUUACUCCAUUCCUCAGAUCAAGCCAGGAAACCUUUUGAAAAAUCUCGGACUACGGUUUGUGACUUCGUCUCUGGAGAAGAAAGAACUGGCUAUGAAAGCUGAGAAAGAGAAGGUUUUAGAUGAAGUUCAAGAACCAGAAGAAACCUCAAACGAGCCAGAGGAACAAAAGAAUAUGGGGAGUCGAAUAAGUGCAUCGGCUGCUUAUCACAUUGCUGCUUCUGCCGCUUCUUAUCUUCAUUCUCGUACAAUGAGUAUUAUUCCUUUUACAUCCCCACUAUCCGAAUCAAGUGAAGAUUCGCCUGACAAAUGUAGGGGAAUCAACGACGAUGUCAAUACAAGGGAUAGUGAGGUGGCCUCUUUCAUGGCAACCACUGACUCUGUGACAGCUGUGGUUGCUGCAAAGGAGGAAGUGAAACAGGCCGUUGCAGAUGAUUUGAACUCCUCGCUUUCGUCGCCAUGUGAAUGGUUCAUUUGUGAUGAUGAUCUCAGUAGAACAAGAUUAUUCAUUAUUCAGGGGUCUGAGUCAUUUGCAUCAUGGCAAGCCAAUCUACUAUUUGAGCCCAUUCAGUUUGAGGGACUUGAUGUAAUUGUCCAUAGGGGUAUAUAUGAGGCCGCUAAGGGGAUCUAUGAGAAAAUGUUGCCCGAAGUUCGCAACCACCUUAAAUCUCACGGUGAUCGUGCCUCCUUCCGUUUCACUGGGCAUUCUCUAGGUGGAAGCUUGUCGCUGCUUAUAAACCUUAUGUUACUGAUAAGGGGUGAAGUGCCACCUUCUUCCUUACUCCCUGUUAUAACUUUUGGUGCACCAUCAAUCAUGUGCGGGGGGGAUCGGCUACUUCAGGAGCUUGGAUUGCCUCGGAGUCACGUUCAAGCAAUCACAAUGCAUCGAGACAUUGUGCCCCGGGCUUUCUCUUGCAAUUAUCCUAAUCAUGUGGCAGAGCUUCUUAAGGCCAUCAAUGGGAACUUCCGGAAUCAUCCAUGUCUUAAUAAUCAGAAGCUGUUGUAUGCUCCAAUGGGCGAGUUUCUGAUUCUACAACCAGACGAGAAUUUUUCUCCAAACCAUAACCUUCUUCCUUCGGGCAGCGGUCUGUAUCUGUUGAGCUGCCCGGUAUCCAAUGCAAAAGAGGCAGAGAAGCUACUCCGGGCAGCUCAGGCUGUUUUCUUGAAUUCACCUCACCCACUUGAGAUCUUAAGUGACCGCUCUGCCUAUGGUUCGGAUGGAACCAUUCAAAGAGAUCAUGAUAUGAAUUCUUACUGGAAAUCAGUUAGGAGUGUGAUCCGCCACGAGCUCAACGGCAUAAGAAAGGCAGAACGAGAACACCGCCGGAGGGUAUGGUGGCCGCUGGUGACCUCACAUGGCAGUAGUGCUGGUGUCAGUGUGGGCGGGCCCAUGAAGUUGAGUAACUUGUGCCGAGCCCAAUUGAACUUCUCUGGGAUUUUGCAGAACAGGAGAGAGUCUUUGAAACGGUUCACUCGGCUUGUUGCAUCACAACACAUGCAUUUGCUUGUAGUUCUUUUCGUCCCCGCUCGGUUUUUAAUUGUUGGGACGCACAACACGAUUGGUUUUUGAUGGAUACUGUAUAGGGUACUUGGCAGGUAAGUAAAAGGAUAGAUGAUUCAUGGUUUAUUAGAAGCCAUGGAAAUUGCUUGUAGAUGGGGGGGAUAUAUCAAAAUUGCUUGUAGAAAAACAACAUUUGAAUGUCAAAUUAAUAUACAAAAUUUCAAGGUUGUAUUUA